AUGAACGUCAAACUAUCGCCAACUACCCGUCCCAAUGAGCGCCUGUCCCGCACUGGCACUCAACGCAUACCCGUCCCCUACGGUGGCAAUGAAACCAGUGUUAGUGUCAAUGAACUGUAUCUUAUGAAAAGCAAAACCUGCGGUACAGUAAAGAUGAUGUUCUUAAUGCCAUCGAUGGACGAGUUGUGGACACAAGAAAUGGAGACAAUGUUUGGUCGGAAGAGAGCGUUGAAGCGCUUGAAUGGACACAAAUGUGAAGACCAGAGGUUGUCGUCGGAACCAAAACGAGUCAAAAGUGAUGUCUUUAGCGUUAAACUCAAUGUCAAACACUUUACGGCCGAUGAGAUCACCGUAAAAGUGGUCGGAAGUGAUCUGAUUGUCACCGGAAAGCACGACGAAAGGGAGGAUAAGAACGCCGGUGGGUAUGUGAGCCGUCAGUUCACACGAAGGUAUGCCAUACCAGUGGACACGGAUGUGAAGGCAAUGGCGUCGAGUUUGGCGUUCAAUGGAUUGCUUGUCAUCUCAGCGCCGGUGAAGACAUCACCACAAGAGAGAGUGAUUGCCGUCAAAGUUGUGGACAAACACAGCGAAGAAAACGACAGCACCGGUAGUGAUGAGACGAUUACCACAACUAUUACUGCAGUCGAGGACACCGGCGAUGGGGAACGGGAGGCGUCGACCAAACAAUAG